AUGUUUUCCAGGGUACAAAUAAUUAAUACCGCAAUUUUUUCAAGGGCUUUUAGUUCAAACGUUCCGAAAAGCAACAAGUCUUUUGCAUUUUAUGACUUGGUAUGUCGUACUCCAACACAUCCAAGAGAGCCUAUAGAGGCGUUGCUUAUGACUAAUCGAGAUUUGAAAAAGUUGAAAAAAAAUACAAGGACGACAUUUGAAGGUAAUUAUGCGAUUGACGUCUCAAAAUCGCCAGAGGAGAGAAUAGCCAAGGUUUUUGGAGGAAGAAUAAAAGGGGAAUCGCCGCAACCUUCUAGUAGAGUUAGUGUGGGAGAACCUAAGGUGAUUGCCGGUGUUACAGUGCCCGACAAGCCAACCGAACCAGAUAAUUGCUGCAUGAGUGGGUGCAUUAAUUGUGUGUGGGAAUUGUUCAAUGACGAUUUAAAGCAUUGGAAUGAUAAACGUAAGGAGGCAGCACUGAAAUUGAAACAAAAGGGUGGAAGAUGGCCCGAAGAUUUCCAUGCUCCGGUGAAAUAUUUGGAUCGUGGCAACUUGCCCAAGUCAUUGGCUAAUGCCGACGUUUCAGAGGAGAACGAGAAGCCAGACCUGGAUGUAUGGGGAGAUGUGCCUGUUAGUAUCAAGGUAUUUGUAGAAACAGAAAAGAAAAUGAAGGCCAGAAGGGAAAGAAGAGCUGCUGCGUCAAGUUCAUCAGCUCCAGCAUCUUAA